GUGGAGGGAUGGGAUGCUAAUGAAGCAGUGUAACAGUCUGCUGGCUGCAUUCUGCUCUGUCCAAUGGCAGCCAAGCUCUGUGUCAUCUACACUGUGCUGAACGAUCUAGACUGAGCAGCACAGCAGAGCUCGACAGCUUCUUACACAGGAAGAGAAUAGUCAAAAGAAGAGUACCUAACAAGAUGUCAUCUCUUGGCUCCUGGAAAAAUGAGACAACCCUGAUCCAGCAACAAGUUGGGUUCCAGGUUCAGAAGAUCUACCCAUUCCAUGAUGGCUGGAACACAGCUUGUUUUGUAAUCCUGGUGCUGUUUAUCUUGACUGUACUAUCGUUGGUCCUGCUGGCCUUCCUUUACGAAAUGCUGGAUUGCUGCUGUUGCGCCAAGCACAAGACAGUCAAAGAUCUAGAGAAUGAACCAAAUCCAGUAAGAGCUCUCAUGAGCAGCAUGAAGAAGCGGAAAACGGAAGUUGUGUAGCCCUGACACCUGGCAGAAGACGGCCCGCUAUUUGGGUUAGAGGACAAUUCAUGAACAGAUGUAAUUUCUUUCACCUGCUUAUGACAGCACACACUACUCCUUGGCCACGAUCUAUUCCACUCUUCCAUGUGAAUUGUUUAGAUACCCUUACAAGUUGUCUUAACGUAGACUUCCUAGUUUUGUUGCAGGUUGCACAGUCAUAGUGGAACAUGAUGCAUCUAUUCUACUGUUCUGCCAGAUUAUAUGAAACUAAUUUUUGAGACUUUGUUUCAAAAUAUAUGGACAUGAAAUUUGCAUAAAGUUUACAUAAUUUGUCACAGUAUUAAUCCAAGUACCACAAUAAAGACAUUACUGCUGUA